CAAACCACCCACCCUACUCUCUUCUGCUUCUCGCAGUUAUGUCAUUCACCAGACCGUUGCCUUUUGUUGUAAAAGUUGUCAAUGGUAGCUUUCGGCAGUUAGACGUCCAUUACAAUGGAGUCAUUUGAAACGUUGAAAAAAGUGACGCUAGAUUCCUAUCGCAUUCAUCACUUGGUUGCAAUAUUUAGCUUGGUCUAUGUCAUUCUUAAAAUCUCUAAACUUAUUGUCAAAAGGAAUGAAUGGAUUCGGGCGCUCGAGACAUUCCCAGGACCACCAAAACACUGGCUUUUCGGGCAUGUACGAGAGUUUAAACAAGAUGGGAACGACAUGUAUAAGGUUGUCAAAUGGGGAGAAUCGUACCCCCUUGCAUUUCAAAUGUGGUUUGGUCCAUUUGUUUCCAUCCUCAAUAUUCACCACCCAGAUUAUGUCAAAACCAUCCUGGCAUCAACAGAGCCCAAAGAUGACCUUUCAUAUAGAUUUCUUAUUCCAUGGAUAGGGGAUGGUUUACUGGUGUCUGAAGGUCAGAAAUGGUUCCGCCACAGAAGACUCCUGACCCCUGGCUUCCAUUACGAUGUUUUAAAGCCCUAUGUCAAAAUGAUGGCUGAUUCUGCCAAAACUAUGUUGGACAAAUGGGAGACUCACUCAAAAUCCGACGAGUCAUUUGAGUUAUUUGAGCAUGUGAGCCUCAUGACACUGGACAGCAUUAUGAAGUGUGCCUUCAGCUCCAACACUAACUGCCAGACAGUGCGAGGGGGAGAAAGUGGAACCAACUCGUACAUCAAGGCUGUGUACGAGCUCAGUGAUCUGGUGAAUGUCCGUUUCCGGAACUUUCCCUACCACAGCGAGUGGAUCUUCCAACUUAGCCCACAUGGGUACAAAUACAGGAAGGCAUGCAAUGUUGCACACAGUCAUACAGAGGAAAUCAUACGAAAGCGAAAAGAGGCCUUAAAGGACGUAAAGGAACUGGGCAGGAUACAGGCUAAGAGAAACCUGGACUUUCUGGAUAUCCUGCUCUGCGCGCGAGACGAGGACCAGCAGGGCCUGUCAGAUGAGGCUAUCCGAGCGGAGGUGGACACGUUCAUGUUUGAGGGGCACGACACCACAGCCAGUGGGAUCUCCUGGACCCUGUACAGCCUGGCCUGCAACCCGGAGCACCAGCAGAUCUGCAGGGACGAGGUCAUCAGCGCCCUGGAGGGGAGGGACACCAUGGAAUGGGAAGAUCUCAGUAAAAUACCAUACACAACCAUGUGUAUAAAGGAAUCCCUCCGCCUCUACCCUCCUGUACCUGGGAUGUCCAGGAAGAUAACCAAACCUAUGACGUUCUUCGAUGGGAGGACUGUGCCUGAAGGUUGUCUUGUUGGAACCAGCAUUUUUGGCAUUCAUAGGAACGCCACCGUUUGGGAGAACCCUAACGCAUUCGACCCACUCCGAUUUCUGCCCAAGAACUCUGCAAAAAGAUCACCCCAUGCCUUUGUCCCUUUCUCUGCCGGCCCGAGAAACUGCAUUGGGCAGAACUUUGCCAUGAAUGAGAUGAAGGUGGUGGUGGCACAGACACUCAAGCGAUAUCAGCUGACCGAGGACCCAAUGAAGAAACCAAAAAUGAUUCCAAGACUGGUGCUCCGCUCACUCAAUGGGAUCCAUGUGAAAAUCAAACCUGUAGAUCUUGAACCAUAAGGAAUGUUAUAGUUGCACUUUUGUUAUCAGGCAUAGGCUACUGUUUGUGGAAUGUUCAUAUGAAUUUGUUUUUAACAUGCUAAUUCACUAGGAAAUGGGAAAUAAAACUUACAUUUAAGGAAUAUUUUUUAAAUAUUAACUUCUCAAAGCUAUAUUCAGAAUUUUAAUUUAAAUAUCCAUGUAAGGAGAAAUUUGUGUCUUAUAUACAAAGAUGAAUUUAACACUAAUUUAUGUUACUAAUAGUUUGCUAGUAACUAACUGCCUAAAUGUUGUUUGUUUUUCCUUUUGACAUAUAGCCUAUGGUAAGUCAAUGUCCCUUGUCAGUGAUGUGACAGUUUGAAAAGGAAUAGACAUAGGACUGAGUUAAUGUUAUUCUCACUAUUUCAAAUAAACGUGUGGUGCAAACCACUCAGGAAA